AUGCCAUCUCUACCACCCCAGCAGGAUAAAGAGAUUGGAGCCAAGGUUGCCGACACUACGUUCAUUGAAGAAGGGAUCUCGGACGAGAAACAAGCCGAACAAUCCAACGAGGCAGCGCAGUACCUUCACGACCAUGCCAGCCAAUACGGGUCCUAUUCCCUCGACGAGGCAAAGAAGUUGGUUCGCAAGAUUGAUUGGAGAUUGAUGCCUUUGAUGUGGAUCACGACCAACUUGUCAGCAAUUGAUGCAAGUCAAAGAUCAGUGACAUAA